AUGAUGAAUCGUUCACGUAAGCGAUCAAUUGUAUACGCCGUUCGAGAUUUCCCACUUGGCUGUGGAACUCACCCUCAGAGAUCCUUCAAGACUCCAACAACUUGUGAUGUACUUGUUGCUGUCAAGAUUCCGAGUAUUGAUCACGAUCUUGUUGCUGCUCCCAAACAAGAACCAGAGUCUAAAAAGUCUGAUCCUCAUGUUCUUGCUGCACUUCCUCAACCAAAAGGAACUUGUCUCAGGCAAGAGCCAGGGUUUAAACGCUCUGUUCAUGAUUGUGAUGAUGUUUCAGCUCCCACACGUAAGAGAACCUGUCUCAGACAAGAGCCAUCUUUUAGAAACUCUCUCCAUGAUCGUGUUCUUACGGCUCCAAAGUUCAAAGAAGCAGCGUUUAGAAGCUCUCAUCAACAUGUUCUUGCUGGACCUCCUAAACCACAGGGAACUCGUCUCAAACAAGAGCCAGAGGUUAAAAACUCCGUUCGUGAUCACACUAUUGCAGCUCCUACACCUCAGAGAACCUGUCUCAAACAGGAGCCAGCGUAUACAAACUCUCAGCAGGAUCGUGUUCUUGCGGCUCCAAAGCUUAAAGGAGCUUGUUCCAAACAAGAAGAAGCGCUUAGAGGCUCUGAUCAACAUGAUCCCACUUCUCGUGAGCAAGUGCUUGAGGUCUUGCAUCACUUCAGAGAAGUGUUUAAACAGUUGGACCGAGAUAAACAAGCGAGGCGCCUCGACGGAGACUUAUUCGACGCUACAGCUAGAAUAGACAUCAGAACGCUAGCCGUGUUAGAGAAAAUGGGGAAACAAGUCAACACAGAGAAGAGAAUCGGAUUGGUUCCUGGAGUCAACGUUGGAGACGAGUUUCAGUACAAAACAGAACUCCGUCUUGUCGGGCUUCAUUUCAAGACCAUGUGCGGGAUCGAUUACAUGAACGUCGGAGAUGUUAAGCUUGCCACAAGCAUCGUUGCCUCAGAAGGAUAUGGUUACAGCGAUACGUUUGGUGCUGGUGUUGUGGUUUAUACAGGUGAAGGAGGUAACGUGGUGAGCAAGGAAAAGAAAACUGAAGAUCAGAGAUUGGUUAAAGGGAACCUGGCUUUGGCUAAUAGUAUGAGGAAGAGGAGCUUAGUGAGAGUGAUACGUGGUGAAGAGAGAUUGGAUAAGAAAGGUAAACGGUAUGUGUAUGAUGGAUUGUAUUUGGUUGAUAAGUACUGGUUAGAGAAAGAGGUUAGAGGCACCACUGUUUACAAGUUUAAGCUUUGUAAAGUCCCAGGUCAAUCUCUGUGUUGA